AUCAAAGAAACAUAAAUUAAUAUGCUCCGAAAGUAGAGAACAAAGCAGCACCCAAUUGUUGUUUAUUAGUUUUGAUGCAAAGUUCCUUCUAGUUAUUAUUAAUUUGAAAUGAAUACAACAGUGAAAUCUGUCCCUAGCGGAAACCCGAACGGCUACUGCCGGCUGUGCUUCUCCGAGCGUAAUUUGGUUGCGCUUUUCCGAUACGAUGACCGACCUCGUCAAUAUUUGUUGAAAGAAAUUUCUAACUUCACUGGGAUACAAAUUGAAGCAAAUGAAAAUCAACCUUGCUCCAUUUGCUGGAGAUGUGCUGUGGCUGUAGAAGAUUUUCAGCUAUUCCGUGACCGAUGUUUGACCAAUGAUGCUAUCAUUCGAAGCAAAUAUUCUGAAACAACUGUUAAGCAUGGCGAAGCUGAGUGGCUUAUAUCGAUACCAGUAUCGGAGCUGCCGCCGGAUUUGAGCGUUGACGAAAACGAAGACAAGUCUCUGUUAGAGCCACUGGUCAAAUCGCAAAUGUGCUCAAGAAAUGACAAUGAGGAAUCUAUCAGUGAAAAGAUAGAAGAAUUGGACACAGAGGAAUCACAAAUCAGUAAAUCCAUUUCAUGUCACUUGUGUCAGCACGAAUUUGGAUCACGCCAAUCAUUAUACGUGCACUUCAAAGAACAACAUUCCGAGCAUGGACGACCAUUUAAGUGCGAUUUCUGCCAAGCAACCUUCAAGCGAAAGAGCCAUUUAGACGAUCAUGUGUCUUCGCAUACUGGUGAGACCAGGUAUACCUGUAAAUACUGUGAGGCAAAGUUUACCAGAGCUAAGCAGCUAAUGCGCCAUCGCCGAUCAUGUCAUAAGGAGUAUCCUUUGAAAACUGAACCACCUAAUAUUCAGUCAUCUUUGUCAGAAGGACAGUUUAAGUGCAAAUACUGCCCAAAAUCUUUCAAACACAGACCGUCGCUGAAUUUUCACGUCAAGACCCAUUACGAAUUAUUACCUUUCGUAUGCGAAACAUGCAAUGCUCGAUUUGCCGGCGAUAAAGGACUACUUAUACACAGAGGCAAGCACCAUCCGGAUACGGUUAAUGCUUUCAGAACAGCAUCACCUGCGUCGUGGGAGCCCACAAAGACUUUGAAAUGUAGUUUUUGUCCUCGGUAUUUUGAACAGCAAAGAUAUUUGUCACAGCACAUGAGAUUCAUGCAUCCCAAUGAAAUUGAUGAGUCGAAGAAUCCGGAGGAUGAGAACACGAUGACGGAAGCGGACCAUAUUGGAAAACAUGCUGAUGUGCAUGAGGAUACGGAUGCAGUGACAAUAAAAUUUGAAGUUGAGGACAACGAUGAUAUGUAUGGAGCCGACAAUUCCUAGUAAUACUAACGUAAUGCUUGUAAACACAUGAUUAAUAUAAUAAAUAAAUUAAAAGCCAGA